UGCUUCUCGCCUCCUUCUCCUCCAGCCGCCUGGCCUCGCGGAGCUGCGGAAACGCGUCCCCGCGUGAUCGGGGGCAGGGGGGGCCGCCGGCGCGAUGUACGGGUUCGUCAACCACGCUCUGGAGCUGCUGGUGAUUCGGAAUUACGGCCCCGAAGUCUGGGAGGACAUCAAACGAGAGGCACAACUCGAUGAAGAAGGGCAAUUUUUGGUCAGAAUUAUUUAUGAUGAUUCCAAAACAUAUGAUUUGGUUGCUGCAGCAAGCAAAGUCCUUAACCUUAAUGCCGGAGAAAUCCUUCAGAUGUUUGGGAAGAUGUUUUUCGUGUUUUGCCAAGAAUCUGGUUAUGACACCAUCUUGCGAGUGUUGGGCUCAAAUGUCAGGGAAUUUUUGCAGAACCUUGAUGCUUUGCAUGACCAUCUUGCUACAAUAUACCCAGGCAUGCGUGCCCCUUCCUUUAGAUGUACUGAUGCAGAGAAGGGGAAGGGACUUAUUCUGCAUUACUAUUCAGAGAGAGAAGGCCUUCAAGAUAUUGUCAUUGGAAUCAUCAAAACAGUUGCCCAACAAAUCCAUGGAACAGAAAUAGAUAUGAAGGUUAUUCAACAAAGAAAUGAAGAUUGUGAUCAUAUUCAGUUUUUAAUUGAAGAGAAGGAGUCUAAGGAAGAGGACUUUUAUGAAGACUUGGACAGAUUUGAAGAGAAUGGGACUCAAGAAUCUCGCAUCAGUCCUUAUACUUUUUGCAAGGCUUUCCCUUUCCACAUUAUAUUUGACAGAGAUCUAGUUGUCACCCAGUGUGGCAAUGCAAUAUACAGAGUCCUUCCACAGCUCCAGCCAGGAUACUGCAAUCUAUUAUCAGUGUUUUCAUUGGUUCGGCCUCAUAUUGAUAUUAGUUUCCAUGGAAUUCUCUCACAUAUCAACACAGUCUUUGUGUUGAGGAGCAAGGAAGGGCUGUUGGAUGUGGAAAAGCUGGAGUGUGAGGAUGAAUUAACUGGUACAGAAAUCAGCUGCUUACGCCUCAAGGGUCAAAUGAUCUACUUGCCUGAAGCAGACAGCAUUCUCUUUCUUUGUUCUCCAAGUGUGAUGAACUUGGAUGACUUAACCAGACGAGGGUUAUACCUGAGUGACAUUCCACUGCAUGAUGCUACCCGUGACUUGGUCCUUUUGGGAGAGCAGUUCAGGGAGGAAUACAAGCUGACGCAAGAAUUGGAGAUACUAACAGACCGGCUUCAGCACACAUUAAGAGCACUGGAGGAUGAAAAGAAAAAGACAGACACGUUGUUGUAUUCUGUGCUUCCGCCAUCUGUGGCCAACGAGCUGAGACACAAGCGUCCUGUGCCAGCAAAGCGUUAUGAUAAUGUGACCAUAUUGUUUAGUGGCAUUGUUGGGUUUAAUGCCUUCUGCAGCAAACAUGCCUCUGGAGAGGGUGCCAUGAAAAUUGUCAAUCUUUUAAAUGAUCUUUACACAAGAUUUGAUAUUCUGACUGAUUCACGGAGGAAUCCCUUUGUUUAUAAGGUUGAGACAGUUGGAGAUAAGUAUAUGACAGUCAGUGGCUUGCCAGAGCCAUGCAUUCACCAUGCACGUUCCAUCUGCCACCUAGCAUUGGAUAUGAUGGAGAUAGCGGGACAGGUGCAAGUGGAUGGAGAGUCUGUACAGAUAACAAUAGGCAUUCACACAGGAGAAGUAGUCACAGGUGUCAUUGGCCAAAGGAUGCCCCGUUAUUGUCUUUUUGGAAACACUGUUAACUUAACAAGCAGAACAGAAACCACUGGGGAAAAGGGAAGGAUCAAUGUUUCUGAAUACACUUACAGAUGUCUGAUGACUCCAGAAAAUUCAGACCCACAAUUCCACCUGGAACAUAGAGGACCUGUUUCCAUGAAGGGUAAAAAAGAACCAAUGCAAGUUUGGUUUCUGUCCAGAAAGUGCACAGAGACAGAGGAAGUAACGCAUGAUGCUAACUGAGCCAGGCAAAAUACAAGAGGACAAGAAACAGAGUGGAACACUGUGUCCUGACACUAACAUAGUCUGGUAGUAAUUAGAUGUGACUGCUAUUGCUACAUGUUGUAUCUCUUGCAUUUACUCAUUUGAUCUGGGCCGAAUACUAACAUUUUCACCAGGCUUCUCUGUGCUCUCUGCUGGCUGGUUUUUGUUCACUUGGCUUUUGAUAUGACAGUAUCUCUGCUCUGGCUAUGUGUAUCCCAAGAUCAUUUGUCUUUCUUUCUGUAUCUUAAAAUCUAACAUAUUGAUGAACUUUAAGUCUUGUGUGCUCUGGCGAACCAUAACAAAUCUAGUGCUUCAUACAUAUGCUUUUCAUCUCCAUCUCUAAUGACUAAUCGCCAUGAUCUUUAUGAUGAUGUGACUCAAAGCUGUGCAAGAAAUUCUAAUUGAUAGCAAGAAUCAUGAGAACAAAGAACAGAUAUUUUUAUAACCAUGAUUUGGCAUUUUGUUGUAAAGCUUAUUACAGUUAUCCAUCUGCUUCCUUCCAAUCUGCUGUUGUGAAAUGAUGCAAUUUGUUCUAGAAGCUUCUGUGCACUGUCUGUUGCUCUUUUACUAUGUAUUGACUGUCACCUGAUGCAAUGUAUACAUUUGGUACAUGGAAAAGUAGGUUAUUUGAUGUUAGGUUAGUGGGAAAUGUGUGCCAAUUUUUAUUCUCAGUCUAAUCCUAUUCUCUCCUGCUGCACUUACUGAUUGCUAGUGGUAAAGAUAAUUCAUGCUUACUAUGUUGCUGGACAACAGUUUAUAUCAUGCCUAAUGAUAGGGUGAGCGAGUAGGUGUAUGGUGUGUGUGGAGUUCCAAAGAAAAAUGUGGUCAACUUUGAGAAGCAGCAUAGUGAGAAAUUUCCGGAUCUUUGACCAGAUUUAUCCUAACACUAAGGGACCUAUGAAGGACCACAAGUUUCAGGUCUCCACCAUGUUGGACCUGUAGAGAAAGCUUGGCAAAGGUUGUGCCUUAUAUGUAAUUCUAAGGGCCCUUUCCUUGUCAACACUAGGGGGAUUGAAUACCCGAAAAAGCAAAUGUGCUUUUUCCGGAGAACUUUAUUCACCGUGGCCCUGUUCACUGGGUGAUCUCAGCAGUGGUAAAAUGGCAGGAAGGAUCACAUCUGUACUGUGCUAGAAAGGUUUCUAAGCUGUGGUCCAUGGCAUAUCGCUUACAAUACUGAAGCACACCAGUGACUAGAGUCCUCUGUUCAAGUCUAGCUACACCCGCCACAUUGGUAAGAACCACCAAAACUUGCUGUGGAUGCUUGUAAGUUUUCCUGGAAAUCCAUUUCAAAGUGUGCAAUCCCAAAAUCUAGUCUGAAUGCUGCUUGGGUGAAUUUCAGGGGCUAAAAUAUAAUUGUUUAACGUUCCUCUCUAAUACAAGCUACUGGGAUAUUGCUUGUGAGGGGGUGGGGAAGCAGAAAGUCCACCAUUUUGUAAAGAAAGUUGAUUAUCCAGAUUCAUGAUGUGUUCAUAUAGAUAGAUCUGUGUAAAUGUAGCUGCUGUGUAAACAGCACUUGUAUUUUUUAUAAACCUCCGAUUAUCUAUCCUGUAUUCUAAACAUGCCAGAACUGAUGAGCCUGGCUUAGAUAUACUGUAGGGAAAAGACAUCAGCUAUUUGUUUUUUAAAAAUAUAUGUGUGUUUAUAAGAUAUAAAUGUGUACAUAUAUGUAUAUAUACAUAAAUAUAAAUGUUAUGUAUAAAAUUUGUCAGUACUUAGUUUAUAAAUAUAUAUAUAUCUAAUCAACACAAAAUAUAUGUAUAAAUGUUUUACGUUCAUGUGUAGAAGGAAGGAUUUUAAAUUAUAGGCCAUUUCUCACAGAUGUUGGAAGGGGUUUUUCCCGGUGAAAAAAUAUGUGUCAAUUUUGAAAAUGUUGUAAUAAACACAUCUUAUCUCUAAUAUUCCA